AUGCCUACCCUCAGUACUACACUGGCGCAGCGCGUGUCAACUCCGAAGGAGAAAUACGAAUGGCGCUAUUUGCGUACAAUAUAUUAAUCAUCGGAGACGGCCACGCUGAAGGCCUAACGAGGUACAUUCUGCACGGCAGAAGGUACACCCACCUGCGGGAUGAGGAGGUAUACAACCGCCGAAUGACAUUACUUCAAUUAAUUGAAUAUGUCAACGCUAUCAAAGAACUACCAGAUAGGGUCAUGAUUUCCAUUGGAAACUACGAUCUCUUUCUGGGAGUGGCGGCCAAUAUAUUCCGAAACCGCUUGGUUAUGCUGAUCCAUUGGUUACGGUUCUACAACGUACAAGAGGUGUAUAUCCUACCACUCAUCAGAUACCCAGGAAUGAACCAAAAUUUAUUCCAAGAAUAUACGGAAAUUUUGGAAAGUGAAUGGGUAGAUGAUGCAGGGUUUUCAAGGACACUACACCCUGUUGACGUAUUCAAUGUGCAAGCUGACAACGACACAGUAUCAGUAGACGCGGACGGACCGUUCUACUCCUUACUGUACUACGACGGUCCGGCACGAAGAAUACGCAGCCAAUACGUACCCGUACCAAUAUCAGCAAUGAAGAGGGAUCCAACGCUGACCCAACCGCCGAUCGAAAACAUUCCAGAUAUUGUAUACAAUCAUCUGCGAAUGGAUGAAGAUCACCGUGCAGGGAAUCCGCAGCCAAGAGCUAACGAGACCCCAGGAGGAACGACAGAUGAUGAGGCAGGACCACUCCCUCAUCAACUGUCCAACUUCCCAAGCACGGCAGGUUUCUCAGCACAAAGACUUCCUGAUAUGCACGGACCACUCUACCCGAACUUACCCGAGCCGAUGAACACAUCACCAAUCGAACAGCCCGCAACUCCAGGCCAAUCGAUGGAAUGUGACACAAACUCUCCAGCUCGAGUGGAAUCUAUGGAAACCACCGAGCAACCAUUGCAACAGCAAAAUACAUCAAAUACGCCAGACGUAUUUGUAGUAAACGCUGACCAAAUGGCGGAGAUAACGGCAAGGGAACGUGAAAGAGAAAUGCGCGAAAAAGCCCGUUCGCAGGAUUCCGACGACGAAUGGCGCAAAAAGCAAAAAGAAGCCCGCCGAAUCAAAAAUGAACAAGACGCAAUUGAACAAGCCCGAGAACGCGAUCUAGAAGACCGCGUUGAACGGGAAAUUCAAAUUGCACUUGCAAAAAACCCUAACGGAGACGAAAAUCAACUCAGAUUUCAUUUUCGAUCCAUGUUAAGGGAUGCAGACCGGCGGCAACAGGAGGAAAACGUACGCAAAAGCAGGUCAAGAACCCGAACGCCGGCAGCAGCCAGGCAAAAGUGUCAAACGGCAAGAAUGCAUACGACUCCACUGGCUAGACCAGUGCAGCCGCAACUAUUCACGCCACCUGACGUUGCUACGUUAAUCCCACCCAAACCAACACGAAGGUCGAGCAGCCAAAGGCAAUCACCUUCGCGAUUGGAACAAUUCAUUUCUCCAACGAUAUCGGUCAGCGAGUCAAACCCACCAGUCACAGAAUUACUGCAACAACCGGUAAUGACUUCGUUAGACAGGCGCAUUGAAGAAAUGAGGCAAAAUGGUGACCCACUGGCACAGGUAUCCGAAAUCGAUACAUCAGCCGGGUUAAACUCGACUGACAUAGCGAUAACGGACUACUCCGAUCCAGCGCGUACUGUGCCAGAUAGCUGGGAGGAUGAGAUCGCUAAAGGUGACCUCAUCAACCAACCCGGCGAUGGCGGUACCAGCCAAACCAUCGCUGGAGUAACUUUAACUGUGAUUCCGAGGAAGGUAGCUAGACUAAAUUCCGAGGAUGAGCGGGAGGCAUCAGACAAAGAAAACCAGUCCACGACGGAAUCAGAAGAGGACGAUGCCUUAGAAAAAUAAAACUCUGAGCAUUAUCUAAUCUUCAACUGAAUAAAUCACACCGUCUGCUAAAAGCACACGAUGAAAUCUAUUCAGCAAAAAAAAAAAAAAAAAAAAAAAAAAAAAAAAAAACAAAACAAAA